ACGCUUUACAAGUGAAUGAGUUUUCAAUUCAAUUUCAAAUUCAAUGACAAAGACGCAUCCAUAUAGAGCAAGGAGGCAAGAGCAGUGAAGUGCAGUGUAUAGCAUAAUAUUUUUAGAUGUAGAUUUAAAGUGUCAUCUGCUUAUUUAUUUCCAAAAUCGUGCACAUAACAGGUUGCGCGAUGUCGGCAAGGUUACGUAAUCUUAAUCCGUAUGAGUUACAUAAGUACCUAGUUAAUGUUUAUUGUUUAAAUGCCAAAGGUUCUACUGUGUUACUUAAGCGGGACACCUCUGGAGACCGAACCGAUCUUGACGUUAUCAGGGAAAACCACAAGUUCUUGUGGGAAGAAGACGAAGUUGCCGACACAUGGGAAAAGCAACUGGCUAAAAAAUAUUACGAUAAACUUUUCAAAGAAUAUUGUAUUUGCGACCUAAGCAGAUAUAAAGAAAAUAAAGUAGCAUUGAGAUGGCGAGUUGAACAAGAAGUGGUGUUGGGUAAAGGACAGUUCCAAUGCGGCGCUAAAAGGUGUACUAGCGACCAGGGUCUCAAGUCCUGGGAAGUGAACUUCGCCUACGUUGAAGAUAAUGAGAAGAAGAAUGCACUUGUGAAAUUGCGACUCUGCCCAGAAUGCUCGGAAAAGUUAAAUUACAAAUCAAGAAAACGUGAAGUGAAACGGCUGAAAAAGAGCCAGAAGAAAAAGAAGAGAAAGGGUACAGAUACAGAUAGAGAGCUCAGUGAGAGUGAUCAUAGUGAGACCGAAGCAUCGACAGUGGUGCCAGAAACCGAAGCUAAAGAUCCUUCUACUUCAAAUCCAGCUUCUGACUCUACAGUUGAGAAUGAGUCUUUAUGGAAGAAAGGUGUUCAAGAAGUCGAAGAAAAAUCUCGUGAAGAAGAGUUUGCAGAUUAUCUAGAGGAUUUGUUAUUGUGAACUUCUUCGUCAAUUCGGUGUGCUGUCGAUUUCCAAUUGCAGUUCGUUAGCUCGAAUUCCGCGUCGAAAGGCGGACGUCGUCACCCGCAGUGUGCAUUGUUGUGUCGCGAUCCGAAGGAUUCAGAUUACUAAAACUUAGUAUUUUGAUUUUCCGUAUUCUAUUAUUGAAAAUAGAGUUAAAUAAAUAAAUUUAAUAAUA